UACAAACGCUGUGUCAGAGCUCAAAAGCAUACUCCUACUCCUCCAGUUCCGGUUUCGAUGACACAAAAUCCUAAUUCCGUUUAAUGACGAUCAACCCAAGUGACAUGGUACAUUUUGUCAUGUUCUAGUAAAUUAAUCAACGUGGCCACGUCGUGCAGGACAGUCGAGGAUAAAACCUGCGGAAAAUGGCUUCUGAUCUCCCAUCUGAGUUUGAUGUGGUCGUCCUAGGAACAGGACUACCGGAAAGUAUUCUAGCAGCAGCAUUUUCACGUAAUGGUUAUAAAGUCCUGCAUAUCGAUAGAAAUGAUUUCUACAGUGGCGCUUGGGCAUCGUUUAACACGGGAGGUAUUGAAAAAUGGAAAGUACGAAAUGAGACAGCUGAGCCAGGGAAUGAGAAGCAGGACAACAAGAAAUCACCAGAGCUGAAAGAUGGUGAGAGGGUCAUGUCGAUGCCUGGCUUUCCAGCAGAUAAAAGCAAGAUCAGAGUACAAUAUCAUGUUGCUGAAGAAAUCGACAUCCCAGAGGAGAGUGUUGCAGCGGAGUCAGGUGGUGAUGAAGAAACCAGCGCUCCCCCAGAACAACUUCCCCAAUCUGAUGCUGAAGGUGAAGGUCAGUUUGAUGACAAGAAAGAGGAACAGCGGACGGAAACAUCUGAAGAGCAGGAGCAGGUUGAGAAGAAAGAGGCCAAGCCAACCCAGAAAAUUUGGACAGCAAAUGAAAUAAAGAACAACUGGCGGAGAUUCAACCUUGACCUUGCCCCUAAAGUUUUGUACUGCAGCGGCCAGAUGGUGGAGUUGCUGAUAGUCUCUGAUGUUGCUAAAUAUUGUGAGUUCAGGACUGUCAGUAGAAUGCUAACUCUCCUCAAUGGACAAUUGGAGAAAGUGCCAUGUUCGCGGGCAGAUGUUUUCAGUAGCAAGAAGGUGUCGAUGUUGGAGAAACGGUUGCUCAUGAAGUUUCUCACGUUCUGUGCUGAACAUGAUAAAUACCCUGAUCACUAUCAAGACUAUGUCGGAAAACCCUUUUUGGAAUUUUUGAAAUUCAAGAAGCUGACGCCAAACACUCAUCACUUUGUUUAUCACUCCAUUGCUAUGGCAACAGAGGCAACUACAACAGAACAAGGAUUGAAGAAAACUCAGCACUUCUUACAGUCCCUUGGUCGCUAUGGCAACACAGCAUUCCUGUUUCCUUUAUAUGGUAGUGGAGAAAUACCACAAGGCUUCUGUCGUCUGUGUGCCGUAUUUGGUGGUGUGUACUGCCUGCAGAUGUCGGCCACUGAUAUCAUAAUAGACCAGGACAACAAAUGCUGUGCAAUACACACAACAGAGGGACAAAGGAUUGAAUGCAAGCAUCUUAUCCUUGGGCCAUCCUACACUCCAGAGACGCUGAAGGACAGCGCUUCUGAUUCCAAAAUCUCUCGUGCCAUUUUGAUAACUAACAAGUCCGUUCUGCCAUCAGAAAAUCAAGAACUUUCCAUGUUGCACCUCCCCUCGGAAGACGAUCCAUCCCGACCGAUCACCAUUUUAGAACUACCACCAUCGUCCAUGGUUUGUCCGAGGGAUUCGUUCGUUGUACAUGUUACUCGUACAGGAAGUGGUGACCCUGAAGCUGAUCUUUCGCCCAUCAUCCAAACCUUAUUUGGAGGCUCGGAGCAGACCGAUGACAAACCAUGUAUCUUGUGGUCGUUGUUUUACAGCCAGGACGAUCAAUCGGAUGUGACUCCUUCAAGUUCGACUCCCUCGAAUGUCUACCUUCUGCCUGGCCCUGGGAUAGAGAUUGAUAUGGAUGAUAUUGUUCUCCAUGCCAGGAAAAUAUGGGAGAAGAUUUGUCCUGAUGAAGAGUUUCUUCCCAAACCUCCCAACCCUGAAGACAUCAUCUACGUGGAUGAUGCAGAGACGAAAGUGGGCGAGGGAACAGAGAAUGCCUUUGAAGAUGUUGACGAGAAGACCAAAUCUGAGGAAGAGGCUCCAGAAGGGACAAAGUCUGAGGACGGGGAUAAGAUGACGGAGGAAGAGCCCGAGGUUAAGUCUGAGGAAGAGGGUAAGGUGGACACAAAGUCCGAGGAAGUGUCGAGUGAUGAGGGGAAGGUUGCCACAGGUGUCGAGAACAAAGUGGCCUCAGGUGACCAGGUCAAGGAGCAGCAAGAGAGUGGUCAAACGGAACUGGAUUUGUGCAAUAAGCUAGAAAAGACCAAUGUCAGUUAGUUACACUGAAGGUAACACAGGUGGCUCAGUGUCUAGGACACCACAAGUUAAUGUUUUUGUGGGUUCAAAUCCCAGAUUCACCCUGAUUGUUUUAGGUUUGUCAGCACCAAAAUCUCGUCAUGGGUUUCACCAAGGUAACAAACAUCUAAGACCUGCAUCACUUCGGACUUUAAGUUGACACACUGUUAUAUAACUGAAAUGCUGUUCAAAGCGGCAUUUAACCAUAUUCACUCACUCACUAAUUCCACGAUUAUAAUAAUAGAUUAACAUCAGUGAAGCUAACUGGGGUGAGUGAAUUUUGGUUUAAUACUAUUGUCGGCAGUAUUUCAACUAUACCACAGCUCAAGUUGGCCUGCAAUAUGUUGUGUUUGGUGCAGACAAACCAUUUGGGUAUUACUUCAUACAUGAUUAGUAUUACAGCCAGGACAAAACUCAGAUAUGGUGUAUUCAGAUCAAACA